UUUUGAGUGCCGUUUCAGACAAAAAUAAACCAUGUCUCGCGGCCGGCCAUACACAUGUAAAAGUCUCUCAGCCAAUCAGAAGCCCGAACCGGCCUGCGAAGGGCUCUUGAGCCGCGCCCCCGUGGUUCAGCAACUCAGCGCGCCAAGAUUGAAAAAAAGUGCCGAUUCUGGUGGCACAAGCAAAAAAUUAUCACGCGCAACCUCAUGGAAUAUCAUUUUUGUUCAUGAGAAGACGUCUCGCAGAGAAAAAAUAUGAAAUUUUUGACCUCCUUUAAAUAUCUAUUUUCCUAAAUAUGAAUUUAGUUAUAUUUCUAUAUCACCAACGCAGCGGCUCUCGCUUGUAUCUAAAUAGAAAUAUACAAACGAACCAAUGGGAAGCGCGGAAAUAAAAAUAUAUGCUUUCCACCAAUGAGCUCGCCAAUAAAUAUAAUAUAAAUAUAAUUAUACCAGCGUAAUAACAAGUCUCAUUUUGUUCUUAAUUGGUUUAUGGAACUUUGUGUAUUUAAACAAUCGUUUGUUGUCUGCUCCCAACUCCUGGUAGGCAUGAGCAAAAUGUCCUAAAAUGCAAUUUGACAAUUAAAUAUUACACUUAAUUAAAUUAAUACGACGCUCUGCCUUGUUGUUCUCUUUUUUGUUGUUUAUUCAUAGCGUGCACGCCAUGUCCGAUUUUUUUUACCAGAUUUUCUUUUUCGCUUCAAACAGUGUUGAAUUUCAAAAUACACUGAUGCUACCACUGAUAUAGCUUCGAGACCUGCUAAAGUUAUGAGAUCUCUCCGAAUUUCAGAAACAGCGUUAAAAUUUGCCAUAAUUAUUAAAUGUUCGUCUGCGCGUUUGCGGAAAGCAAAGUUGUUUUCACUCAAUCCAGCCUCACUCAGCUGCUUUAAAGUUUCAAGAGUUGCCGCGCUAGGCGCUCGAGCCUAAAUUUUUAUUUCUGCCUCUCCCAUUGGUCUGUUCUUAUAUUUCUAUUUAGCUAAUUUGGAAUCUCCAAAUAAUUUGGACGGAGAGGCCUUUUCUUAAAAUUUUAUCCAAGAGCCAAUCAGAGACCAGCUUCCUUAUAUUUGUAUUUAACUAAAUAGAUAUAUAGAGCCGCUGUUUUGGGCUUUAAAAGCAUGAAUUAAUAUUUUAAAAUUGCGGUCAGUAUUCUUUUUUUAUAAUUCACACUUCAUUGCUAAAUUAGAAAGGUAUGAAAAUUUGAACCAGAAAAAAUCUUGUUAUUUCUUACUAUUAAUUAAAAUUAUUUAAUGAAUCUAUCAAAUUGCGUAAAAUAAAAUAUUAAAUGGGUUUACAGCGGCGGCCGAGUCUCUUUUGAUAUCUGGCGUUUUAGCAAACAUAUGCUAGUUGUGAACCUGUCUUCUCUUUUUUUUCAUCAUAAAAAUUUUUGACCGACCGAGAAGAAUAAAUAAUAAAAUUGUAAAAAAAAAGUAGUAACUGGAUAAAAAUAUCCUUUCCGAAGACUCGAACUCUAAACCAGCAAAACUCCCCAUGUUUACGUGUCUCCGACCUAACUCACUGAGUCAUGGCAAUCGUGUACACAAGUGCGGACAAAAGAAGAUCAUAUUUUACUUUUCUUAUGCGCGCAAGAGAGCAGCCAAAAAGUAGUUUACUGCGCGAUACAAAAGAGAUCUCAUGAAAAAAUUAAAAUUAAAAUGGGAUUGCAUUAAAUUAAAAAACUCAUUUUUUAAUUUCAACUUUUGUAAACAAGGAAGUAUUAAAUAAGAAACUUAUUAAGGGAUAAUUAUGCAUAUUUAAAAAGAGAUUUUCAAAAUGUACCAACAGCUUGUGGCAGUUCCACAGCACCAGCAACAACACCAAAUUCAUAUACACAACAAUUCAGUCUACCACAUGGCCAUCCGCCACAGCCCGCUCCGCUAGCUUGCAGUUCAGGGUCCUGCCGUCGACAUGACGAUAGAAGACCGAGCUGUGAUGGAUCAAGCCCGUGUGUGGCCACACACUUUUCCCACAAUGAUGCCCAGACAAAAGAACCGAACAUAAUCAUCAAUCAUCACGACCAAUCCAACCAACCUGCUUCGAGCGACACGCCCCUUGCCAGCAUAAUGAGUUCUGCAUAACUCGCCUGACAGGUGGCGCCACCUCAACGCAGAAGAAAGAAGCAUUACGACCUACAGUCUCAAAGGGGGAACCCCUGUGGCAGUUCCACAGCACCAGCAACAACACCAAAUUCAUAUACACAACAAUUCAGUCUACCACAUGGCCGUCCGCCACAGCCCGCUCCGCUAGCUUGCAGUUCAGGGUCCUGCCGUCGACAUGACGAUAGAAGACCGAGCUGUGAUGGAUCAAGCCCGUGUGUGGCCACACACUUUUCCCACAAGCUCAAAGCCGCCUUGGACUAUUUGAGAACUAAGUAAGAAACAAUCUUAGAAACGCUCUUUAAUUUCUGAAAUUAACCUAGAACUCUAGAUUUUGUAAAAUCUAAUGUAUUUUAUCAUCCUCUUCAAAAUGCAGUAAGCAAAAUUUGCAUAGGCAUAAUAGGUUUUUUUUAAAUAAAUUUUUUUGGUCUAGAAAUUUAAAAGUCUAAUUUAUAGCUCUGAUAUGUAAGAAUAUUUAUAACAUUUUACCACAAGGUAGGAACUUUGCAGGGAUAAGAUGCCUUUUUAAUAAUCACUAAUUUUUUUUAAAAAAAUUCACUACUUUUUUAUAAAAUAAUUAAUUUUAUAUUUUAUAAUAUGCUAAAAAAUUGCUUUUGUUGAAUUUUCUUUUUAUCCUGUUUGUUUAAAAAUUAGACUGACAAUUAAUUUUACACAAUAACAACGAAUGAACUUGAAAAUAAUCGAGAAUUAUCUUAAAACACACAUUACAGCGAAAAAUAUUGCAGCGCGCACAAAUAUUGUCGCGCGCUCAGGAGUUCGAAUUUUCUGUAGCCGACCUCAGCAGGUAUAUUAUAUCCUUCUUUGACUGCAUGUGUGCCUGUCAACCUGUGUCAACCUCUUCAGCAGCCCCUUCGUAUUUGAUACAGUUCAGUAAAAAAGGUUAACUAGCUAUAUUUUAUGUGCUCCUGGCAGUACUAACUUGGAACCUGGAGUAGCCUGAAAUGUAAUGAAAACUAGAAUGGGCUGUCUUUAUUAAAAAUUGAGUACUUAUAUAAUGAACAUUAAAAGUUCAGAAAAACCGAGAAAAACUGUAUGCUCAAAUUACAUGCAUCCCUGAAGGCGUAUUGUUCUUAUAAAAUAAUAAGAACAUUAGCAAGAAUAAAUAGGUAAAAUGAAAAUCAUCAUAAUAGUUUGGUAGAUUUUGGAGUUGCUAUUUUUCAUUCUCAUCUCUGGGUCAUAAAAUAGAGAAGUUUGUUUCCUUCGCGAUGGUUGUAUGAAAAGAAAAAGAUCCUUCUUGAAGGGGGAACGACCUACAGGGUUGCCAAGCCAUUCUCAUCCCCUAUACCUGACUAACCGCCCCGCGACUUGCUCGCUCUCGGCUGCUCGCCUCAUUCGAGAAAGAACGAAAGAAGAAAGAAGCAGCAGCGAAGGAACCCGGCACACUAAAUUUUCAAACAACUGAUCAAACGAUACUUGCAUCUUCAAAAAUUUGGCGAAUUCGAAUAUCUGCAUAGAAAUGGUAAGAUGGAAUUAUAUUAUUUCUCGUGGGAAAAUAUAUUUUGGAAAGGGAGUGAUUUUUUUUUUUGCAAAUUUAUAGAUUUAGAGACACCUGGCAUAUUUCUCUCCGAGAGCCAAAACCGCUCUAUUUUUUUUUUGGGCUGCUGGUAAUUCUUAUUAUUCAUCGUAACUUAAAUCCUUAAAAAUGUCAUUUUAAUCUAAGAUGUUUUAUUAAAUUGAAGCCAAAAAUAUUUUCAUAAAAUGACUUGGUUGAUGGCCACAGUCCGCCCAAAAAAUAAACGCAUUCACGCGCUGGACAGUCUCCCCCCAACCGCCAACCUGUCAAUCAUUUCUCAGUGGCGCGAUCUGCGCCAACCUCCCUAAACUUCACCGUGAAAAAGGCAUUUUCAUAUUAUCGUAAAAGUUUAUUACGGCAAAGUGUAAGGGGGCGCGGAAUAAGUAUUUUUUUAUUCAUUAAUUACUAUUUAAGAAAAUAAUUCAAUAUUGAAUUCACGGGCAUCAGCUAGAUUCUAACUUCUUGUUGAUUUUCCUUGUUUUUAAUUACAUUUCUCUUGUUAACUUUUUUGUUUUUUGCAGGUGUUUUGUCAUCAUUUUCCUUCCAUGGAAAAUUACAUACAAAGGAAAUGGUCCAGUUCUAUUGUACAUAAUUAGCUUCAAAAUAUCAAAGUAAGUUUAAAUUAUUUUCCAUCCAAGCCAAUCUGCUAUUUAUUUAUCUAUCAAUAAAUAUGAUAACUGAAGUUAAAUUUAUUUUAUAAUUGAUAAAAUUAAAAAAAAAAUUGAAGUUAAAAACCGUCCUAAAUACUUUUUAUGUUUCAGAAAUUUGAGGAUUGGAAAAUGUGAUUCCUCAAAAGCACACCUGGAAAGCCUAUGAAAGAUGACCGAAUACAGCUUUAACACCUAUUAGAGCACGCAGCGUCAGCACACUUUGUAGUAAUUGUACACUGCUCUACAUUUUAUAAUUCCUUAUUUUGCGUAAAAUUUUUAGCCAUUUUAAACUAUAUUCCUCAUUAAAGAUUGAAUUACAUUAUGAUUAUUAUCGAAACAAUGAAAUCUUAAAAAAGAGUUACAAAUUAAAAUCCUUUAUCUUUCACAAUUUUGAAGAAAAUUUAAAACGUUAUAAUGUUAAUUGCAAUUAAAGUUAAAAAAAGAGCUGUAAUAUUGUAAUUUUGGUGCGCGCAUCCACUUUGCAAGAAGUCAAAUUUUAACGUUUUGCAAGGUAUUGAAUUUUGAAAUUAAAUUUUCUGAUUAUGAAUUUCUGAAACAUUGCGAAUUUUGAAAUUUCAAAGUCUCUUUGAACAAUAUGGAUCAAAAUAAAUCUAAGCUCUAAUUAAAACUUUCAAGCAAUCACAAAAAUUUCAAAAUUCAAACCUAUUAAUAUAGUUUUAACGACUUCUCGGAAAGCAGAUGUGCCCUGGUCAAUGAAUGGCACUCAGCGGCUGGUAGCCCAAAAUUCAUUCCACACGUCACAGAGCCGCGACAGUGUUAAGCCACGGUGAGGCUCGAUUAUUUUCUACCAAAGGUGGCGCGGUUUCAUAUCUUGCACCCGCUAAUUGCCACCUUUGGAUCAGUUGUGUAAAAGAUCAAGUUUUGUUUUGCUUUUCAUUUAGUGGUAAUAGAGUUUAUUGUUAUUAAUAUUGCUGAUUAUUUGUCCAAUAGCUGCAUCGCAUUGUUUAAAUUGAUAAAAUUUUGUUUAAAUUCUUAUUAUGUCAAAAAUGUGAUAUGAUAUUAUGUAUUUUGUUUUGUUAAUUAAAACGAUUUUGAAAUGUUAUUUGCUGCUUUUUCAUUGCAUUGCCAGUGAAACCUGAAUAAUUUUAGUAUCAAUGACGUCACUGAAUUAUGACGUCAUUGCAGCGUUUUUAAAUGUAAACUAUGCGUAGUUUAAGUGCAUCAAGGUAAGGUUAGUGAGAAGGUAUUUAAGCGGUCAGUAAGCGCAAUUCAAGUGGUCUAACCAUGCUGCUGUCAGGAGCGCUUAAAGUGCUUUUAAAAUACGCUUCGAUUACUUUGUACUUUUAACCGCUUAAAUAGCGCUUUAUUUGUUGCAUUCAAGCGCAAUUCAAGCGUAGUUUCAUCCUAUCUCUUACACAUACAAGUGAAAAGUAGUUUAAAAGUAUUUUACAACUAAUUUAGGCGUAAUAAAUUUCCUGUGAGUAAUUUUACGGUUUGGUGAAUUCUCGGUGCUGGCCCUUGUCAUCCAAGUUCCCAUUUGCCCAAGGCUGUUGCGCCUCCGUGGAACACCAUUGAUGCAAUUGGUCAUUCCGUCAAGCUGACCUGCAGUUCGAGGACAUUUGAUCGCGAAUUCUUCGUUAGAAGGUGUGCCUGUGUAUGAUUCUCCGUACUUCGUCAUCAGUUUCAGCUUGAGGAAGUCUAUAUACGAUUAUUUAUUAGUAAAAAAUUUAGAUUUUACUCAGUAUACUUACGGUGAACAAUUGCAAUUGUCUCUGCUGGGAACUUUUCCUUAUAACCAGCUUCCCCUCUCUUUGGCCCCUUUGGUCCUUGUGUUCCAGUGGCAGAGAAGAGAUGAACCGAGUCUACUCCACAUGCUUCCACAGUGAGAUGCUGCACGAAUUUGGAAUUGUCUGCAAUUUUUUCUAGUUCAUCCCAAGAACGUUGUGAAAUCCAUUUGCCAUAGCCAAGAUGAAUCUGUUCGUGAAAAAAGAGAUAUUGAAUGACCAUAAAAAAUCAAUUUUUGCACGGGAGGAAAAGAGAAAUUUUAUCAAUAAAAUUAGAGGUUUUAUUCACCUUGUUUCCAAGAGGGUCUUUAGUCAAUGGUUUCGGAUCGCAUUCCUCAAUACGGCAGGUAUUAUUAGAACUCUCAGGACGCAGAUUUCUAUCUGGAGUCAUCAAUGCUAAUGCGGCAAGAAACACAUCAAUUCCAUAAUUAUAAAAAAUACUGCAAUUUUAAUUACCAUCAAAAUCCCCAUUUAUGGCAUCAACAUCCCGAGACUCUUCCAUACUUGAAUGUUCAGCAGCGAUUUGAAUUUCUAAAAUUUAAUAAAAAUAGAAUUCAUUUUUUAAUUAAGAUUUCAUAAUUAAUAUUUUAUAUACCUUCAAAUUCAGUCGCGUCACAUGGUUUUUUGUCAAGCACCUCGAUAAUUAUUUCUUCAGAAGUAUUGUAAACAGGGAUAAUAGUGUUUUUAGAAUAAGUAUCCUGGCUUUUCAGUUCUUGCUCUUGUCAAGCUUUCAUGGGUUCUGAAAAUUUAUACUUUUUAUUUAAUAUUUUCAAAGACACAAAAAAACCAAUUUUUUUACCUUUCUUGGACCCCUUCAACAAUUCAUUUUGUUCUUUCAGAAACACGUUGUAGCUCUUGAUCUCUUCAAAACGAUCUUUUUGAAUAGCUGCAAGUUCCUCGUCGUGAGCAUGCACUUCCUUCAAUCGAGUAUUUUCGUUCCUGAGUUGCAUGAUUUCAAAAUCCUUCGUGCUGCAGGUGCUGCAAGGACUUAAAACCGCGGCAAGUUGUUCAGAGUCAAUGAAUUUCUUCAGAUUUGCCUUGCUGCUGGAGUUAAGCGAGUCAUUUUUUAUCUUCUUUGUUGAUUUCUAAAGAUUGAAAUGUUGAAUUAAUACAACUCCGAAUGCUAUUUGGAGAUAUUUAUUAAAUUUUCCGACACAACGCGUCGGUCUUUUGGCCGCUAUAUAUCUUAAAUAAUUAACUUACCAAAUCCUGCGAUGCGAUUUUUUUUUUUGAUUCCACAAACUUCUUCCUCUUCUUAUCAGCCAAAAACUCUUCAGCCCUGGGUGGUGUUUCCAGGUUUUUAGUUUUACGAGUACGGCCACCUUCUGAUAGGAGCUUCUGAAGUUCUUCGAGAGUUGGUGCAAAGCGUUGUAUUUCUGCAUCGAAAUAGUCACACGAUUCCACUGGAGGAUUUGCGUGGUCGAAGUCGGUCACAAUAUAUUCGUUGAACUGGUUGACACGCAAGCUGCUGUGAUACAGAACCUGAUAGAUCAGCUUCAUGUUAUCUUGGUCGGGUUUUUCAGGAGCAUUUUUGAUGAAUUUAGAGUGAAUGAUGAUCCUCUCAGCGUCAUCUGUAAAACGAACCAAUGCGACGAAUCCACUUGCCAUGUGCUGUAGCUCGUACGGCCUUUGUAAAGGGCCUCAAAUGUUCGAGGGCGGCCAGCGGCCGCUCUCCGGAAGGGAGAACGAGAGAGAGACGUGCGUUCAGUUCAAAGGGUAGAAAAGUUCUAAUUUUAUUUGGUUUGCAGUUGUACCAACUGUACAAUAUUUACAUAUGUAUGUAUUAACUUACCAACAUCACAACACCUCCCGCCUAAGAUAAAAACAAGUUUUAAUUUACGCACUUUAAGGAGAACUGUGGCAUUUGGCGUUGGAGCAAGAAAUUGAUUAAUUUGGAAACAUUGUUACAAAAUCACAUUUACAUCCAUUCACAAGAAUUACUCUUACUCAAAAACCUUUGAAAAUUUGUUUACUAAAUUGAGUUCCUUGAUUAAACUCUAAAAUUAAUUCUCAGAUUAGGAAAUUUAAGUUGAAACUUUAAUUGAUUUUACUUUCCUGAAUUUUUAACGGAAAUUUGGUUGUUUAAAACUGUAUUUCUGCAUUACUAAUUUACUUGAAUUUCGCUCAAUCACUAAAUUUUCAAAUGAAAACCGAAAAUGUUCCAGCACACUUGGCACGGUCUGAACUGCCAGUUGCUGUUCUCAUCUUCUCCAUGCUGGAUGGACACUCGGCUCCUCGUUUUACACCUCGGACUCUUUGUAGUCCGGUACUUCUAAGCGACCCCUGAGGAGAUCCCCUCCACUCAGGUCGACGGCCCAAGGAUGCGGUUGCACCCUUCGGGUCCCUCACAUGAUGGCCAGAGAAGGCGGCUGCCUCCUCCCGGCGUCUCAGGUGGACAGGGCGCCACACGCCUUCUGUCCGACGGCCUCCGAUGUCUCGGCCGUUGGUGCUGGUGCACACCCUUUUCUCUUGGCAGCUACUUGUCCUGCUGCUCUUGACUGCUUUCUUGAGUCCAACUCUGGUUGAAGUCCUUUUCGAGGCGGGGCUUCCUUGCAGCUGACUGUGGUCUCGUCUUCUCCUUGGACCACCUUGUCGCUCCACAAGUUCCGCUCCAGACUCUUCUCCUUCCUUCCUCUUUCUUUUCUUUCUUCUUUUUUACGGAACCUCUUUUUUCUUCUUGAGAGGCCCUCCUUCUUCACUGCCGUGUGUUUUCUUAGUGGCUACGUACAAGCAAUCAGGUUAUAGAUUUUCUCAGGAAUGGUGUGCUGCAAAUCUAGUCAUUUAAUUACAACAACUUACUACCAUUUUUUUUUUCAAAACCUUUGAGAAAAACCCCUCUUUUUUUUUAAGGCAAAAGUCUCGAAGACUCCUUUUUGGCCUGGAAUUUCUUCCCUCUGGCCCUUGAGUUCUCACCUUAAACUUCACUAGAUUAUUUCCAGUCUCGAAGACACUGAUGGUGGAAAUAAUAUUCUGCGGCUAGUGUUUCACUUGACAAUGCUUUGCACCCUCUUUUUUUCUCACCACGUUUUCGGCUCGACUUGCUCACCACUUGCAGUGCUGAUUUUUCGCAAUCAGACGCGGAGACUUCUUCUUUUCCCUUUUAACCACUUGCCUUUUGCGCUGGGACGGCCUUGGUGUCAGUGGUGCCGGACUGGUCCGCCUCCGGACACCUACCAAGCCAACUUCCGGUUGCCGCAACACGUGGCCUUCACGCGGAUGACUGUCCACGCCGUCUUCUCGCUUCCGACGGUUCCUCUUCGUCGUCCUCUCCUCCUUCCGCCGCUAAGUUCGCCUCGUCGCCAAUUUGCUGUAGCUCGUACGGCCUUUGUAAAGGGCCUCAAAUGUUCGAGGGCGGCCAGCGGCCGCUCUCCGGAAGGGAGAACGAGAGAGAGACGUGCGUUCAGUUCAAAGGGUAGAAAAGUUCUAAUUUUAUUUGGUUUGCAGUUGUACCAACUGUACAAUAUUUACAUAUGUAUGUAUUAACUUACCAACAUCACAACACCAUGUUACUUGCGGGAUUUUGCUUUGGCGGCAUGUUCGUUUGAACUAUACGGUCCCAGCGCGCAGUCUCUAUGAUGCCGAAGUCAAUUUGGAGCCUGGAUUCCCCUCUCCACCACACUCCUUCUGCCGUAAAUUAAUAAAAUAUAGCGGUACCGCACUGCUGUGCCGUUCUUUGAGAACACGUUGUUCGAGGUCAGGAGUGUCAAGGAUGCUGGUAGGUGGCAGGGCAGUCAGGUACUAACAAUAAACCGGUAAUUUAUUAUAAACCGGUUAUGCACGAGAUAAUUAAAGUUCCACAUCUUCCAUCCACGCCAUUAAUAAUUUAAUUUAAGUAGAAAUUUGGUUUACACUGUUAAAAUACUUAACGAAAUCCAGCUAAAGUAGCACUCACGCAAGCAUUUUUUCACAAUAUAAAAAUACCGACAUUUCAUUAAAUUAACCGGUAUUAAUGUAUGGUAAAUCUCGAAACUUGUCCGCGCAUGCGUCGACGCGUAGUUCUACUUUGCGCAGUUUUUUUGUAUCCACGUGACUUAAAUUCGACGUUCGAUUGGAAGAUGAAGCCUAUGAUUUUAACCAAGAAAAGCACAUGGCAAUAUUUCUUGGCAUGAUUUUCUUCAACGAACAUCUGCGUCUAUUUUUCAACAUGGCAGCUGGGCAUGAGAUUAUCAAAAUAAAUUAACCAUUUAAAAUUGAAAAUCAUCUAAAGGAUACAAUGAAUUAUUAAAUGUCAUAACCCAUUCUGAAUAAUUUUUUUUUCUGUACAAUAAUUUCGAGUUGAAUCAUACAUAGAGCUAAUUUUCAAGUAAAAUUUCUAAAUGCGAUCAAUUUUUUAUAUUUGCAAUAGUGAACGCAUAAAACUCUUAGUAAGUGUUCCUCAGAAUUUUAUCAAAUACAACAAAAUUUAACUAAAUUAUAGAAAAUCAUUUAGAUAAUUUUUUUCUCUUCAAUUAUAAUGCUUUAAAUAAUUUAAAACACUCCAAAAGGCCAAUUUAUUAAUUUUUACAAUUUUAAUCGUCUUUUUAUACUUCUAGUUUCGCGGGAUCUAUAUACAAAAAUGUGAAUUUUACCGGUAAUUUAAAAUCAAAAUAAAAAAAACCGAUUUCAUCCCUCCAGAAACUAACAUUAUUGGCGACUGAAACCGUUGACAACCGGUUAUUUAUUAAAAUUAACCUUUUCGUCAAAAAAAUCCCCAAAAAUCAUUGAUCAUCAAUCAUCAAUCGCGCAAGAUUUUGUGUGUUGCUUUUUAUCUUGCUUGUUUACCAGUGUUUACUCUGUAAUUUUCGUUUAGAACUUGGCUUUGAAGAAUUAAUUCUCUCACAAAAAUAUAAAAUAAGGUCAUGUUUCCCGGGAAAAAGCGAGGGCCAUAUAAGAAAUAUUCACGAACAAAUGAUGGAUCAGUUCAGUAUCCAAAGACCACUGCUUGGCGGAAGAGGCGGCAGAAAGGCAGAUCCUCUAUAAUGGAGCAGCAAUUAAUAUGCAAUGGGGCUGGCCAAGAUGAUCAAGAGAGUUUAUCACCAAGAAUUUUAGAAGAUUCAACAUCAGCUCGGUCAAUUUCUCCCGAACUAGAAAUUCGGCCUGAUGAUCUUGAAAUCGAAGAUGAAGCAAAUUUUGAUCAAGGUGCUGAAAAAUUCUUUUUUAAUUUAAAGUUAGUCACCUUCAUGAGAGAAUAUAGCGAAUACAGAAAUUUUAAAGUCGACUAUAGCGCCUCUGAAAUCGCAUUCAUGCUGAUAACUUUGUCCAUUUCUCAAAAUUUAACUCUAAAUACAACUUGGCGGCUAUUCAAAAUGAUCAAUGGGGUCUCGAUCCAAAGAGUGGUCAGAUGCGUCCGCUUCUAGUACCGGAAGGGGAGUGGCAAUUUAUUUUACGACAAACGAGAGACAUAAUUUUAGAAGCAAUGUCUUUAAAAAAUAGAAAAUUAUAACGGAAAAAUUCACCUACCUGAGGCGAGUCGAUGAGUGCAGUGACACUUCCGAGUGGUCGGCGCGGCGAGAAAAUCCAUUAUUCGCCUUAAUUCGGUGAGAUACGGGUUGAUUGCUGAUAUUUUUGCCCGAUUCGCCAUUUUUCCUCCAGCGAGGAAGUUUCCAGAGCCGCCGGUGCAUGGGCAGCCGGCGAGAGAAAAGGAAAUGAGGGAGGGUUGGGAGGGAGCGCUACCUGCACAAUGCAGCAGCAUUGGAAUGCGCUCCCACCAACACUCUCUCUUUCUCUUAUCACUCGCCGCUGCCCUUGUGCCCAACAAGUCCUUGGAAGAAAGAAAAUGGCGAGAAAGGCGAAAAUUUUCAUGAAUCGCUACCGUAUCUCAACGAAUUGAGGCAAAUGGGGAAUUUCCUCGUUCAGCCGACCACUCGGAAAAGGCGCCGCACUCAUAAACUGGUCCCAGGUAUGUGAUUUUUGCUAUUAUUCAUACAAAUUAAUGCUUUUUCGUUAAUUUUAUUUGAUCGUGCCACUUUCACACGCUGGUGAAAAUUUGAAAUUUGCGCUACGGAAAACCAACAGCCAAUCAAAAGCGGUACUUAUUGAGCCAUAAUGCGUGCGCUUCUGUUUCGGAUAUUUCUCAAUAUCAAGACCCCAUUGAAAAUGAUGAAUAUCAUUUUAGGAACUAAAGUUUUCCCCGAUACUAAAUUUAAAUUUCAAGGUAUUUUCAACCCCAGCCUUGAAAUGGAAUUUCAUUACACUUGCAAGUGCUGCGGACACUAUUUAGGCAAAAAAUCUAAUCCGUCUCAAACUAAAAAGACUAUGGUGUGCACAAAUUGCAUAGCUGCUUGUGGUGACACACACUCGCGAAAUAUUGUCGAACAGAAUAAUAAAUAUUUGUAUCAAUUAUUGUCUCUGCGAGUAAGGUUAGCCCAUGGCCAUAGCUUUUCAUAUAAAGGAAACUUAACUUCAUUCCGAGCAAGCAACGAGGGGGGGCAGUCUGUGGUGACACACACUCGCGAAAUAUUGUCGAACAGAAUAAUAAAUAUUUGUAUCAAUUAUUGUCUCUGCGAGUAAGGUUAGCCCAUGGCCAUAGCUUUUCAUAUAAAGGAAACUUAACUUCAUUCCGAGCAAGCAACGCGCGCGCUUUUCCGAAUCUCCCGCCGACCUUUCCCUGAUGGCGUGGACCCUUCAGCCAACCUGAGAAGACCGAUCGGCGCGCGCCACCUCAGGGCCCAAUCAGACCCACGGUCGAGCCUCGAAGCCGGCUCUCCGUGCCUGAAGCCUCAGACGAGCGACGCCCGAAACGCAGACAACACCCUGUCCUAUCUCAGCCCAUUCGGUUAAUGGCGACCACGUUUUACUAAAUUCCUAAUUGACCGGUAAUUAUCGCUUUUCCUCCGUUUCCUCAGCUUAGUAAGAUCAGACUAGCUUUUCCGAAUCCUAUUUGGCCAUAUUUUGUAUUUUGUUCUCUCUUUAUUGAAUAAUAACUUUAAUCUUAAUUCUUAACUUUAAUUAAUUGCUUUUAAUUAAUAACUCAAACCUAGUCAAAACUAAAGUCAUAAUAAAUAAAAGUAACUUUAUUCCAAGCCAUUUAAGGAGUGCUUGGGCUAUUUAAUUAAAGGAUUAAAGAGAUAUUAAGAGAUAAGUUUGAAGUCACAUGGGGGAUGAAAUGCACAAGGGGGCCAAGGGGGACACAGGAGAAGCCUAUUAAAUAUCAAACUCCAGUCUGCAAAUUAAGGCGGCGCUCGGCUCCAGCUCCGCUCUUCAUUAGUUUUAGGUGUUCAAUGAUUAAUACUAUUUAGCCCCUGUCGUGGUGACACGACAGAUUUGGUGUCAGGGUGCGGGGUGAUUUUUUUUUCCAAUUAAUCACCUCCGGUACGGCCUUACAUUCCUCGUCCACCAGCGGCGCAAACCAGAAAGGAACCUCAACGAACACAGGAAGGCCAGUGACCAACAAGCGUCCAUAGAAAAGGCGUCCACCCAGCGGCGUUGGCUUCUGCAGGGCCAGCGCUUAGCGGAUUCAGUGUCCAGCAUCGAGACAAAACGAGACGAUCAUAGGCGAACGCUCACCUCUUCGAGAUUGCGCCGCGACGUCAUUCUCGGCGCUGCACGGUUUUAGAAGAUGAGCUGUUAUUGAUAAGUAUACCCGACUUUUUACUUGGAAACUUUAAUUCAAGCAAAAGUAAAGGCAGACUGUCAUUGGGAAAGGGUAGCAGUCAAGUUAAAAUUAAGGGAAAGCUCUACGGUGUGAGCAUUUAAUUACAAAAGCUUGGAUAAAAGGUGACAAUUUAUUUUAUUGUUGUGGCUAUUAAAUUUUUUUUUCUGAAAGAAUUGCACAUUUUAAUUUUGUAUUAUAAGUGUAUAAAAAAAAAAUAACAAAUUUCAUGAUUUUUUUUCACCAUUGUAUAUAAAUGUACUCUGAAAACAAAUGCAAAGCAAAACCUCCGCCAUAAGGCUGCACCCGAAUGGCAAUCGAAAAGUGACAUCUUUACACAAUUGUUAUGAAUCCCUCCCUUUUGCCAGUACUCCAGUUUUCAGCAGAUGGGAGCAUUUCAUUGCUCAGGUGUACAUCACUCACCGACAGCAGACCUCUCCAGCCUCUGCCCAGCCAGGACUGCAGAUGUCUCGCUGCCAACAGCAUCAAAAUUCACCGUCCACUCCGUGGCAGAUAAAAGCCACCUUGCUCUGCGAGUUGUCCGACUCCACCUUCAGCUGGUCUGCAAGAUGGGUCGACAAACGACCAGUCAUGGCGCCCUCGACGGAACUUCAGCACUGACUAGGACUGACACAAGGCCAGUGACAGUCCAAGUUGGUCUCACCACUACUGCAAGAAAUAAUCAGUCAGCAUUGUCGACAAAAGCAGACAAGAGCAACACACACCUGCGCAGCACAAGUACCACCGUCCACUGUCCGGACCACAAGACCCACUUCCAGUGGCAGCCCAAGCGCAACAUCCAGUUCCAUCAGUUGACCAAGUUGGAAGCCAGCCGCUCCGCAAGAAGAAACACAACUAGCCCUCGGCAGGAGAAGAACCGACAUCUUCGUCUCGCUCUGAAAAUUUUUUUUAAUUAAUUUAAAUCAAAUUGGGAAAAUUGUAAAAUUUUAAACUAAAAAUAUUAUAACAUGUUUAGAUUUAAGUCCAACAGAAGAAAAUGAAACAGAAUGUUGAUUAAUUGAAAUCGUAAAUUAAAAUGUGUUCUAAAAUGUUUAAAAAUGUGUGUCAAACCGAGCUGUUUUGUCCACGGGAAAAAUUUUUAAACUAAAAUGAAACGAAAAUUUUAAUUGAAUAAAUUGUUAAAUAAUCUAAAAAAAAAAAUGUGCAGCCACAACAAUGAAAUAAUUAAUUUUCCUCCCAUUAGAUAGAAAACAUCAUCGGGAAGUAUGUAAAUGAAUUAUUUUUAUGCUCGACAUGCAUGAAGAAAACUAAUUAUUUUAAUUUUCUUAGUUUUAAAUUACUUGCACUGGAAUUGACUAAACUCACCACUAUUAUGUAACUGCUGUUGAAAUUCCUCGCAAAUGUCUCCGCAGCUUCGCAAGAAUCGCACUGUGCCUGUGCACAGUUCUUCAAGACCGCGAAAUCCGCUUGUUUUCGCACCAUCAUCAUUCAAGUCCGCUCGCCAACCAAGACAAGUGCUACAAACAAAGCAAAAUUCCAAUUGUCAAGCAAAAACACCGAAAAUCUCACCUAAAUCAACAGCAAAAGCCCAAGUUGUUGACAUUUGUGUAGUGAAAGUGCAAGUGACCUUCGCCAUGCACCAGUCACGUGACUCCAAGCUCGAAUCCCAUUCGCCAGCCUGCAAAGUUCCAGCCAACCAGAAACGCGACUCUCGCAAGCUGAGAGACAACAACAGACACACAGCUCGCCACGAAAACAAACAAACGAGCAUGGCCAUCAGACACUCCAAGUCCAGUAACUCCAGCCGAGGCCGUGGCCUCUGGCCGCCGCACACACAAGACCUUCAACAAAUCCUUCUAUCGUCCAAAAAUUGCCAAAAACACACCUGAACACCAAUUCCAACCUCUGAGAAGCCAAGCAGAGAUGACCUAUCUCUCGCAAACACCAACUGCCUGCCUUGGCCCAGCGCAACCACGAGCAGUACGACACCAGAGGCGCCCUGCCAAGCCCCAAAACCACCAAACCACCACACCGGACGCCAAGCCACCACCAGUCUUCAGCUUGAUGGACGCGAUGGCGCGUCCAAGUUGAAGGGGGGGCAGUCUGUGGUGACACACACUCGCGAAAUAUUGUCGAACAGAAUAAUAAAUAUUUGUAUCAAUUAUUGUCUCUGCGAGUAAGGUUAGCCCAUGGCCAUAGCUUUUCAUAUAAAGGAAACUUUACUUCAUUCCGAGCAAGCAACGCGCGCGCUUUUCCGAAUCUCCCGCCGACCUUUCCCUGAUGGCGUGGACCCUUCAGCCAACCUGAGAAGACCGAUCGGCGCGCGCCACCUCAGGGCCCAAUCAGACCCACGGUCGAGCCUCGAAGCCGGCUCUCCGUGCCUGAAGCCUCAGACGAGCGACGCCCGAAACGCAGACAACACCCUGUCCUAUCUCAGCCCAUUCGGUUAAUGGCGACCACGUUUUACUAAAUUCCUAAUUGACCGGUAAUUAUCGCUUUUCCUCCGUUUCCUCAACUUCCUAAGUUCAGACUAGCUUUUCCGAAUCCUAUUUUGGCCAUCUUUUGUAUUUUGUUCUCUCUAUAUACAUUUAAUAAUAACUUUAACUUUUAUCUUUAACUUUAAUUAAUUGCUUUUAAUUAAUAACUCAAACCUAGUCACAACUAAAGUCAUAAUAAUUUAAGGUAACUUUAGUCCAAGCCAUUUAAGGAGUGCUUGGGCUAUUUAUUUAAAGGAUUAAAGAGAUAUUAAGAGAUAAGUUUGAUGUCACAUGGGGGAUGAAAUGCACAUGGGGGCCAGAGGGACAUCGAGAGAAGCCAAUUAAAGUUCAACUUCAGUCUGCAAAUUAAGGCGCCGCUCGGCUCCAGCUCCGCUCUUCAUUAGUUUUAAGUGUUCAAUGAUUAAUACUAAUUAGCCCCUGUCGUGGUGACACGACAUUGCUAAUGCUAUUGAUGGCUACAAGUAUACUGAUUCAUUUGUCACUUUGGAUAUUAAAUCUCAGAUCAAGCAUUUGUUUGACUGUGGGGCCAUAAAAGUAGAAAACGUACCAAGUUCAAGGAGCUGCACUGAUAUUUUAGGAGGCACAAUGUACAGAAAAAUGCGUCAAAAUUUUAACUUUACAAGCAAAGAAAUUUUCUUAAGCUGCAUCUUCAAUGCGGAUGAUGCGCCAGUAAGCAAAGAUGGUAAGACAAAAAUUACUCCGUUACUUCUAAUGGUCAAUGAGGCCAGUGUUUAUUAUCGAGGCAGAAAUUUAAUAUUAGCUGCUUUGCAUUAUGGUAAAAAACCAAGGAUGGAAGUAUUUCUUCAACCUUUUGUAGAAAAAUUCAUUGAAAUUUGUGCAAAUGGCAUGGAAAUAGAAAUAAAGGGUGAAAUUUUCACAGUGAGAAUUUUAAUAUCUGGUUGCAGUGUAGAUACUGUAGCGCGUAGUCCUAUUCAAGGGGUUGUAGGUGUAAAUGGGUAUUAUUGCUGCAGUUGGUGCCUUAUUAAAGGAGAGCGUUUUAAAGAGGAAGGUGGGCCAGUUAAAUAUGUGAAGCGGCUUGAUGGGGAAGACUAUGAGCCUCCAGGAAGAAUGGAAGACAGUUUUAUGGCCUCUUGCAAAAGGCUUGCGAUCAAUAAUUUCAAAGAUAAGGAAGAUGGAAUCCAAUUGAUAAGUCCGCUUAUUAAUUUGCCAAAUUUUAAAAUGGUUUGGGGAUUCACUCCGGAUUAUAUGCACUGUGCUUUGCUGGGGAUAGCAAAAAGAUUUUUGGGACUUUGGUUGACAGAUGUUGGCAAGCAAUAUUACAUAGGAAGCCCUUCGACAUUAAAACUCCUUGACGACAGAAUCAAACAAAUAAAACCACCUAAGAUAUGUAAACGUUUGCCUAUUGAACUGAGUAAGAGAUCGUACAUGAAAGCGCGUGAAUAUGAGAACUGGCUGAUUUUUUAUAGCGUUCCUAUUUUAAAGGAUGUUUUGGAUGAUGAAUAUUACCAACAUUGGCUAAUUUUUGUUGGGUCGAUGCAAAUGCUUUUACAAGAUUCCAUUCGUGUGGUUACACGACAGAUUUGGUGUCAGGUGUGGGGUAGUCAUCCGACUACCUUUGGUCCGAAUCAUCGCAGAAAAGCUCCGGAAAAUUUGGCCACAUGGGAACUAGAACUGCAGCUUCCCUUGGAUUUGCGGUAAAGUAUUCCUUCUCUGAUUCCGUUUGAGCAUCUGAAUUUUGGGAAAAAUUGGGUUUUUAAGUUGUGCCAGGAAAAUCACGUGUAAUUUGAUUAGGCGCGUGUAAAAGUUGGAAUAGCUCAUUUUAUUUGGGGGCUUUUUGGAAGCCAUAUUGUUGUUUUGCCAGAAAAAGAGAAAGCGUGAGUGCGUUUGCUAGCACAGGAAGCGAGAGCGCCGGAGGGUAAAUUCCUUCUUUUGUCACUGGCCAGCAGUGCAGCUAUCAGGUAUAUACGCUGCCUGCCUGGUUGUCCACGGGGGCGCCCCUACUCUCGCAGCACGUACACGCGAAUUGGGAUAAACGCGGGAAUUGAGCAUUCCAAAACUAGGGCCGACUUAGAAAAUAAAAACAAAAGAUGCCUUCUGAAGGGACUUUGGUCGAUUUUCUGUUCCAAACGGGACUUGACCUCACUAUUGACGGUCCACAGAACGCUCGCGCGCGCCCGCCGCGCCGAGCAGCAGAAAAGUCGUCACUCGAGAACGAGCUGAGCAGCAUCGAGUUCGGCAACACCUCCCUCCUGAAUGUAGGCAAUGCCGUCACACAUACAGACGUGGCGGGUUGCCUAACAGCACAUGUGCCCUCGCCCGCACAUUGGGUGAGAUCGAGUUGCGCGCCAAGCAGGGCGCCUUCUCCAACGCCAUCAGUGGCCUGCAGCAGCACAGCAGAAAAGGCGCGCACGACGUUCGACAGCGAUCAGGUCGCGCGCCUCGCGCAGGUCAUCGACGAGUUCGACGGCACCGACGAGCGCCGCAACGCCGAAGAAUUUAUUGGAAGCAUCAGACGUUUGCGCCACCUCGACCCGGCGCUGAACGAGACACAUUUGGUCAGCAUUGCGAAAUCCAGGUGCUCAGGUCAAGCCGAGAAGGUCAUCGACACCAUCAGCCCUUUCGCCACGCUGGCCGACAUUGAGAACGAACUGCAAAAGUACCAGAAAAACAGCCUUCCGCAGACAGAAGCAGAACCAGACACGACCACCGGCACCCUAGGUCAAGGUCAACCGCUCGUGAUCACCUCCCAGGUCGACCUCGGGGGCCAACUGGACACAUCUCCGACGCAGGGAGGCGAAACUAGUGGCGACUGCUCCAGUCAGUCUUCCACUCCGAGCCAACCUUCCGCCUGCCCUGGAGGAAUUCUUUGGGUUCAAUUUCAAAAAUUUCAAGUUCCAUUCUCAGUGAAUUUCAAUUCACCCGUUUCCUUCAUUUCUGCCGACGUUGCAAAAAUUCUGAAUUUGCGCGUCCAUUUCAGCCUGCCUCAAAGCCUUCAGAUUAAUCAUAUCAACUUUCCUCUAAUUGGCUUUUGUCAGUCGGAAUUUAAAGUCUUGGGUGAAAAUCUGAAUUUGAAAUUCCUCGUAGUCGAAGCAGAAAAUUCUGCUCAAUGUCAGUUGGGACAAGAUUUCUUAAUUGGGACAGAUGCUCAUUUUGGAUUCAGGGAUGGAGUGCUUGCAUUCCAAUGGGGUGGUGUUGUUUUGGAGACUAAUGUUGGUCAGUUUCAGCCCACAGCCACCUUUGAACCCGAAAUGAAGCCCGAGGACCAGGUCAGCAGAGAGCCCUUUGCUGUCCGUCAGAAGGGAGAAGGCGGGAAAGAACCCGAUGCGCACGCUGCGGCAAAGACAGGUGGACAGCUGGACACCGUCCGGUCAGUCGCCCAGUCGGUCCUCGUAUCCGUUGGUCGAGUACCAGGAAGCCCGGCGCGAGCCGGCGCCUUCCCUCAAUCAGGAGGCGCGCACACACUCGAGUGCGUCCCUCGGAGAACAGAAUGCGCGGCGCCACCACGCAGGACUCGAAGAAGAAAACGUCCUGUAUCGCCGCCUAUCAAAUCAUCAAACUGGCGCUCCAGCCUUGAAAACACGGAGCCCAGGCUGACGUCUUCAGCGGGGCAGCCUUGGCAGGAAACUUCAGCGGGGCAGACCAGUCCGCCCCUGAGUAGCCAGCCAGCCCCUUGCGCCGACCAGAGCAAAAGGCGCCUUAUCAGUUCGGAGAACUGGAGAACUCCACCAGAGAGGCCGCCAGCCGCCCAUGCAGUACCAGGUGCCCCGAGCACCGCCACGGUAGCAGUAUAA